AGACAAACAACAAUAAAGGCGUCUGUGAGGGGGAGGAAAUAUCGCGAUACUUCCUACCUAAUUCUGGCGUCGUUGCUUUCACGCUAACUGCAAAACAACUGCGCUUAAAAACGUACUGGAGAAAGCAGAUAAAUCCACAUUAUACGUGUAAGUUCACAGCUAACAGCUUCGGGUUUCGUUUGUACGUUAAAUAUCAGACAAUUGAAGCGCUUUAGCGAUGCUAGUGUUAGCAUGUAGCAGGCGGUGUACGUUAGCAAAGUUACCUGCACAGCUAUCGGAGUACUUUUUGGUUUCAUUUUGACAUACAGCAGAUGCUUAAGUUUACUGACGAAUGCAUUUAGUUAAAACACGUCAGGAUAAACAGUGUAGAGUUGUGUCAUGAUCUUAGCACUGCUAGCUUAGCCGUUAGCCUGUCCUGUGAGCGUGUUUGGUGCAGCUUCCGUCCUCCGCUCACUGUACCUGCACAGAUUUUACUCCUCGUCUGUGUCAGGCUGUGAGCCGCUCAGAGGCUCAGUGUAAUCUCGCCUCUUGUCGAUGUUUUCAGCGACUGAGAGUUUCUCUUCCUCAGGGAGGACGUCUCCAUCACUCUGUUUGCAUCAGGUCAUGUUCCUCGUCCUGGUCUGAGGUGCUUCUUUCUCUCUCUCCUCCUUUAACCGCCUCUUAUGUUCCCUUUGCAGUAAAGAUCAGAGUCGAGCUCCUCCGUCUGCGGCUCAGGGCCUCCACUGGCUCCUGAUUUCUUAGGAGAGGCUUUGUUUGAAGCUUGUUUCUACCUCAUUGUGUCUCAGCAGAAAUAAGACUUGCCACCACAGAAGAAGAGGAGCUCCCCCUCACUUUGACCACAUUAAGUGACAUUCAGUUCCCAUCAUCGUUAAAGACCUUUUCCAGCGCCUGCUUCCUUCUUUAUCUUGGCUCUGGGUGCUGAAUCUGGAGAACAGGACGGACUUUGUGACAUCAUGUCUCAGAAGGCGCAGGCCGACGGCACUCAGAAACACUUCGCCGUGGGUCGGGGGCUCCUGGCCGCCGCAGAGACCUUGAACUUCAACAUGAACGAGCAGCGUCCCAGCAGGCCAAUGGGGGUGGGUGCGGGUGGCAUGGAGGGCCAGGACGGCGGCGGGCAGAUGCCCCGACGUGGUGGUGGCGGUGGUGGCGGCAGCAAUCUUGGCAGCACCAUGAAGCUGUUUGCCAGUUUGGGGCUGUCGCCCUCCGACCUGGAUGCUCUGGCUGAAAUCCCCGAGGAGGAGAUCAGCGUGGAGACGCUGCCGCGCAUCCUCAUGCAGCUCAAGAGCCGCAAGGGGGAGGCAGGAGAGCGGCGGGCGGCCAUGUCCUCCGACUCUGCGUAUCGAGGAGGAAGCUGGGAAGAGGGGCACGUGGGGAGGAUGGGCGGUCCUUCUCUGGGACAAGGUUCAGCCAAGUCCUCCGCAGACUUUGGGUACGGCUCCCUGCAGGACGUCUCCUCCAGCCGGGGCUACGGCUUAAAUUACCGCCGCGGCGGCGGUGGAGGCGGCGGUGGGGGUGGGAGCAGAGAGAGGCCAUACUCUGAGCUUUCCCACCACGGUGGGCUCGGCAUAGGGCCGUCUGAGCCCCUGUUUAUGCAGAGGAGGAUGGGCUCCCCGUCAAACGGAAAAGUCCAAGACUUCUUGGGAGUCAUGCCCCCCAUGUUCCCCCACGUGUGCUCUCUUUGUGACUUUGACGUUCAUUCCACCAUGGAGUGGAAUCAACACAUUAAUGGACUCCGCCAUGCUGAAAACAGACGGCUGCUUCUUGACAUGUAUCCAGAGUGGGACCUCAGUAUGGGCUCAGGCAGAGGUGGAGGUCUCUCAGAGACCCCCAACCUGUCUGCAGGACUGCUGGGACCCGCCCCCAUGUCUUCAGGACCAACGGGGGGGAUGUCCUCCAGCUGGGGUGGAGGUCCUGGUCCCGGUCAGCUGGGAAUGAAUAAGCUGAGAAGCAGGGUGGUGGUGGUGAAGUACGACAGGAAGCCUCUAAGCAACAAGACCCUGUUCGCCUUCGCCGAGCGCUUCGGCUGCCUGAGGGAACACCUGAUCCUCAAGAACAAGGCUUUCCUGGAGAUGAGCACUCAUGAAGAAGCUCUGGAUGUGGUGAACUACUACAAGCAGCAUCCAGCAUCUCUGUAUGGCAAACCCAUCUCCUUCUACCUGUCCGAGAGCCUCAUGUUCAUCGAGAAAGACGAGCGAUCGAUGGGCCGGCCGAUGGAACGACCAAUGGACCGGCUGAUGGACAGACCCGUGAGAGAGGUUAAAGGUCAAGCCAGCAAGGUGGUUUUUUUCUCCAACCUGCCCCGAGAGGAUGAGAAGAAGAAGGAGCUGCUGACCAUUGCUGAGCGCUUCGGCAUUGUGGAGAAACACCUCUUCUUAACAGACCAGGCGUUUAUCCAGCUGGGAACUGCAGAGGACGCAGAGAUGCUGGUGAAGUAUUACACCGUGAACCCCCUCACCAUCAAAGGGAGACGGAUCCGCCUCAACGUCUGCACUAAAUACAAAACCCUCAAUGUGAACCGCAGACAGGGCGGGUCCGGAGGAGACGCUUCAAACCGGAAGGGUGGCAGAGCGAACUCCUCCUCCAACGCCGGAACCAGGACCUCCUCCAAAACCGCCUCAUCCAAAUCCUCAUCCACCUCCAGGACCAGAGAGGAGAAGAAGAAAGAGGACGAAGAGGAGAAGAAGAAGAAGAAGGAUGAUGACGAGAAGGAGGAGGAGAAGGAGGAGAAAGUGAAGCUGGCACCAGAGGAGGAGGAAGAGGAGGAGAAGGAAGUCUCAGGAGUGAUGCAAGGAGGCGAGGACGGAGAGGAGGAGGAGCAGGCAGCAACUGAUGGAGAGGGUGAGGAGCCAGAGGGAGCAGAGUCUGUGAAGGAGAUGGUAGAGGAGUCUGAGGACGCUCCACAGGAGGAGGAAGAGGAGGUUCCUGAUGAUGUCACCGAUGCCACAACUGGAGAUGUGGGCGGGGCUGACAUGGUUCAGGUCAAGCAGGAGGCGGAGUCAGAGGGACAAAAGGAAGCGACAGCAGCCGAAGCCUCGACCGAGGAGCACGAGAUCAAAGAGGAGGCCAACAUGGAGGCAGCAGAGAGCUCGGAGGCGGCAGAGACUGCAGAGGGAGAUCUACCUGAAGAAGAGGACUUCCCGGAGAACAUGGAGGACUUCGUGACACUGGACGAGUUAGAGGAAGACAAUGACGAAGCCCAAGGAGAUUCGGACGACAUCGAUAACACGAGACGAGGGGGCAUGAGGGUGGUCAACAUUGUCGGCUUCAGGCGAGGGUACCAGUACCUCAACGAGCUGCUGAGACUCGCUCAACCUUUUGGGAAGGUGGUCAAACACCUGGUGCUGGACCUGAGACCUGAGGCAUUCCUUCAGUUCGCCACAGAAGAAGAAGCCCGGGCGAUGGCCAGCUUUUACAACGGCAACAUCACGGCGUCGGUGUGCGGGCGACCAGUGAGGAUCAGUCACUCCAUGAGCUACCCCACCAUCCAGUCUGGUUCCAGUAAGGUGGUGUACAUCGGGCAGAUCCCCAACAGCAAAUACUCGGACGAGGAGAUCCUGAAGCUGGCCGAGCCAUAUGGGAAGGUCAAGAAGUACUUCCUGAACAGGAUCCGGAGAGAGUGUUUCCUCGAGAUGUACAAAGCCGAGGACGCGGAGAAGAUGGCUGCAGAAUAUAAAGCGAAGCCGCCGAAGUUCAACGGGAAGCGCCUGACCAUCUACGUGAGCAGGAAGUACAAGCAGCUCAAACACGGCCAUCGAACACCGAGUGCCACGAAGAGAGCGAGCGACGACUCGCCACAAAUAUCCUCUAAAGACGCAGAGGAGCCGCUGGCCAAGAAACCUAAAGAGGAGGCCCAGCCAGAGGAGGAGGAGGAGAAAAAGGAGGAAGAGGAGAAAGAGAAGGAGGAGGAGAAGAAAGAGGAAAUGGAAAGCGGUGAUGUGAGCACCGAAGAGACGGUGAUGGACGAAAAGUCAGCUGCUGAGAAGAUUCCAGAAGGUUCUGCUGAGAAGAGCAGCGAGGACGAGAAACAGGAGGAGCAGGUGGAGCAAAUGGACACAUCAACCAAUCAGAGCGGGGAGGCUGAGGCUCCACCCCCUCCUCCUGCUGAGAACAAACCCAGUGCAGCGUCUCUGCCGCUGCCGCCGUACGACCCCAACAUGGCCAUUGGUGUCGAACACGUGAAGGCGGGGUUUUACUGCCGCAUCUGUUUCCUGUUUUAUUCCAAUGAAGAGACGGCGAAGAAAACCCACUGCAGCAGCCAGGCGCACUACGAUAAGCUGCAGAAAUACCUGGAGAAGGAACAGAGCAAAGCGGAGAAGAAGGUGAAGACGGCGUGAGAACACCUGGAGCUGAGGAAGAGGCGCGAAUGUCAGAUGUUUUAGUUUUUGUUUCUUUAGCGACGUUUAAAGCGCACGUCGGAGCAACUUCCUGCUACUGCCCUGUGGCGGCAAAGCCCGAGAGACUCGAGUGUCGCCUGUUUGUAGUGACACCUCCUGUUAUUACUGCAGCUAUUGAUUAGUUCUGAUAUUGAUUGAUUUACUUUUUCCACUUGGGAAAAACAAAUUUUCAGUUUACAGGAACAAAGUAGCGACACAUUUCACUGAAACAUGUCAUUUAAAAGAGAAUCAGCCACUGAGAUACCUGUGCAGGUGUUCUUUCAGCUAUCGAUGACAGCUCCCCAGGUUCAGCAUGCAGCCUGUGACUCUGGAGCAUUACUGCAGCCAUCUGAGUGGCUUCCUGUGUGUUAUUUCCCCCUUCUGUUCUAUCCACUAAUGCAACAACUGCAUCCUGAAGAUGAACUCACCUUAGAUGCUUCCCCUGAGUUCCUGCCAUGCUUCAUGCAGGUCACGUGAAAAUGUGAUUUUAUUCCAAAUUACCUCAGUGAUAUUUCCAAACAUUUUACUUCGGGCUGCAUCAGAUGCCGAGAAUACGGCUAAUUUUCAAAAUAAAAGACCAUGUGUGUUAUUUGCUGUUGUCGUGCUCAGUCUUGUUUCGGCAGGUCAUGCUCCUCGAUUGCUGUGACGAAGACACGAAUGUACGAUCGGUCUCAGGUUACACAGCAGCAGAUUAUGAUCAUGACACAUAAAGACAACACUUUGGAGCAAACUUUCAGCUUCCUGUGUAGACUUGUUCUUUGAGUGGCGACUAAACCAACCUCUGAACAAACCGUGAUGACAUCAUGACGUACUGCAGCGUGUUCCUGGGGUAAAAUGUUGAACUGUGAGUGUUUUUGAACUUCUCUGUUGAUGUUUUAGAAAAUAAAAAACGUUUUCUUCAUGACAUUG